AUGGCCGGCCCCGCAAGGUCUGGCUUCCCUGCUCACACGAAUAGCCGUCUGGACGCGUUCCUGCGGAGGCAGCUGCCGCCCGAGGUCUACGACGCCGUCCGCGCCUACGAGCCGUGCAUCGUGGUGUCCGACUCGGAGAAGCACACCUUCAAGUACGUGGUGCUCAGCGAUCGGCUCAUCUACCUGACCGAGAACCCGCCCAAGUCCAUACGGCGAGCCGUGGCGCUGCGGGACGUCGUGGCCAUUGACCUGAUUGAUGAUUACCCACAGUUUUUGAGUCCACCAGAGAGAGAAACCAACCAACAUAUUCGUAUCACCCAUUCUUCAACUGUUUUGAAAAAAGAGUGUGAACAAUCGAAAGGUGUCAAAUUCUCAUUUCCAUUUCAUCAUGCCACUUCUGACAACAAAAAAGCCAAAAAAGAGAUUAAUGGCUCUGUGUUUUGGAGAGGCAAAGGGCCCAGAAAUUUGAAUGAAUCCUCUCUCAGGUACCGCCAAGAGAGCAGCACACCAUCCAAGGACUCAAGCUUCUGUCCUCCUUCAGACCUCAAGAAGCUGUCUCUUCAUGGCCAAAGUGCCUUUCGACCCUUACCGACCCCCUCCAGGAGGAGAUGUCAGACCACGUCAACCACUGCAAAGGUUGUCAGUGUGCCAUCUUGCACAACCAACACAAAAGAACCCAAGGGACUUCCAGAUCACAAAGGUUCUCUAAGUGAAAUCCCUUUCAAGUGCAAUGGGAACGGAAAUGAGUUUUACUUAGGAAAUUCCUCCCUGGCCUCCCCUUUACAGAACAACCCAAACCUAGAGAAAAAGGCAUCGGAACUUCAUUUGUACAUUAUUUCCACAACGUCAUCAAUAUUUCUGCACUUAAAAAGUUCAUGGAACAAUUAUAUUAUAAAAGCUACUCUUUUACAAGAUCCCCUAUAUGUUAGUGAGCUCAGUCCUGCUAUUGGAAGUCAAAAGCCAUAUAGAUCUGAGGAGAAAAUUAAGCACUUCAGUCAACUUAAAUCUGAACUUUUUCUUAAAGACAAUACUUUGAGGAAGAUAUUUUGCUUAAUUACGGAACUUAAAGUAGCAACCCAGAAAAACUUCAUUCUGAAACGGCUUUUCUGGAAAACCAGUGACCUUUUUUAUUUCCUGGUGAACAAACUUCACGAGUACUUGCCAGAGUCUAGGGAUAAGAGCAUACUUCAAAAUAAAAGCCAAAGGGCUGAUGAGCUGGUAGCAUGCAUUGAAAUUAUACAGACUCUGGGACUGAUGUUCAGAGAAACAGAAACUGAGUCAUCGCGCCUGAACACAUUGGCAGCUAAGAAGGGAACAUUAUUUAAUCUUUUGGUAAUUUUAAUUAGUGAACCUCAGAUUCCAAAAUCGUGUCCUGUGUUUGAUAUCCAGUUGGCUGACUCAACUUUAGUUGAGAUGUCUUUCGAUGCUGAGUUACAGAAGCUUAUUGUGGAAUAUACAGAUACAGCUACGGCACUUUUAUACGAGAUACUUCUUGUCUUUCAGCAGGGAAAUCUUGGAUUGGGAUCAACAAAGUUUGCUAUUAGCUGGAUGAUGUCCUUCCUACAAAGUCGUCCUCCCAUAAUCACUUUCGUGGCCAGUAUUGUGAAACAAAUGGUAAAGGGGCUUUCAGCUUCAUUUCAGUUGCUAAGUCCCAGCCAAGCAGUUCUGUUGUAUCAGCAAUUUUACAUCCUCAAGAGCUGCCUGCGGUACAGCAAGACUUUAGCUGAGUAUAUUAGGAACGACUACAGAGAAGAAUUCAGGUACUUUAUUCACAUGCCAGCCUUGGAAAAAAGGCUCCCAUUGCGGUACCCUCUUACCCAACCUACCAUUCAACUUUUUCAUGAAGUUCUCAAGUUAGUUGAACAGAAACAAUGUGUGAAAUAUUAA